CCGCGCAGCGGGGGAUGCCCCGCACGCCGCUGCCAUCGGGGGCCGCGGAGCCGCUCCCGGCCUGAGCGCCCCGCGGAUGCCCUUCAUGCCGCAGCCGCCCCCAGGCCAAGCCCGGAGCCCCCCUCUGCGCCUCCUGCCCCUCGGCCGGCCGUGAAAUGCUCCAGGAGAAAAGCCUGUCUGAAACCGAGGAAGGGUUUCCAACAGCCCCCGCGCCCGGCCAUGCGGACACCUCCGCCGGCUCCCCCGUCCUCGGCGUAGCCGGGGGGAGCACCACGCCGCUCAGCAGCCCGCAGCUCCCCGACCCUGAGCAGACAAUAGAAAAUAUCAAAGUCUAUCUCCAUGAGAAGGAGCUAUGGAAGAAAUUUCAUGAAGCUGGCACAGAAAUGAUAAUAACCAAAGCAGGCAGGAGGAUGUUUCCCAGUUACAAGGUCAAAGUGACUGGAAUGAACCCCAAGACCAAGUACAUUUUGUUGAUCGACAUCGUCCCGGCCGACGACCACCGGUACAAAUUCUGUGACAAUAAAUGGAUGGUGGCCGGGAAGGCCGAGCCGGCCAUGCCAGGCCGGCUGUACGUGCACCCCGACUCCCCGGCCACGGGAGCCCACUGGAUGCGGCAGCUGGUGUCCUUCCAGAAGCUAAAACUCACCAACAACCACCUGGAUCCCUUUGGACAUAUCAUCCUUAAUUCAAUGCACAAAUACCAGCCCCGGCUGCACAUUGUGAAGGCGGACGAGAACAACGCGUUCGGCUCCAAGAACACGGCUUUCUGCACCCACGUUUUCCCAGAGACCUCCUUCAUUUCAGUCACCUCCUACCAGAACCACAAGAUAACCCAGCUGAAAAUUGAAAACAAUCCCUUUGCCAAGGGGUUCCGGGGCAGUGACGACAGCGACCUGCGCGUGGCACGGCUCCAAAGCAAAGAAUACCCAGUAAUUUCCAAAAGCAUCAUGAGGCAGAGGUUGGUGUCCAGUCAUGGCCAGCUGUCAGCAAAGCCAGAUGUUAACCCACUCCAUGGGAAUCACCAGACCCUUCAGCAUUAUCAGUAUGAGAAUGGUGCUCACAUGCAGUUUGCAGCUUCGGAUACUCAAGAUCUGCCACUCAACACCUUCACAGCACAGAGAGAUUCAGGGCUCUUCUACCAUUGUCUAAAAAGAAGAGAAAGCGCUCGGCACCUGGACCUGCCCUGCAAACGCUCCUACCUGGACGCCUCAUCCUCGGUGGGGGACGAUCACUAUUUCCGCUCGCCGCCGCCCUACGAGCAGCAGAUGCUGAGCCCGUCCUACUGCGGCGAGGUGGCCCCGCGGGAGGCCUGCAUGUACUCUGGCUCCGGCGCCGACAUCGCCGCCGUCUCGGCCGUCGACGAUCUGCCGCCCCCGCCGCCCCCCCUGAGCUGCAAUAUGUGGACUUCAGUCGCACCUUACACCAGCUACAGCGUCCAGACAAUGGAGACUGUCCCCUACCAGCCCUUCCCUCCUCACUUCACCGCCACCACCAUGAUGCCGCGGCUCCCGGCCAUUGCGGGCCAGGGCUCGCAGCCGCCGGGCAACGGCCCCUUCAGCGUGUACAACCAGCUGUCCCAGUCUCAGGUCCGGGAGCGCGUUCCCGCCUCGUCCUUCCCCAGGGAAAGGGUGCACCCGUCCGUGUGCGAGAGGAAACCCCCCUCCCCGCACCUGAACGCGGCCAACGAGUUCCUGUACUCACAGAGCUUCUCCCUGUCCAGGGAGUCGUCGCUGCAGUAUCAUUCAGGGAUGGGGACUGUGGAGAACUGGACUGACGGGUGACCCCAGGGCCCAGCGAUGCCUCAGCCAACGUUACUGCUCCAGGACAGUGUUUAAUCAGUGUUGAUACCUGUGGGUAACUUGCACUUCAGUGAGACACAUGUGCAUUUCCAGAGGGAUUUGUGUGGGUGAAGAGCUUGUAUCUUCAGGCACACAGAGAAUUCCAUCUCCUGUCCCAGUGGGUUGGAUUCAUCAGGCUCUUACUAACUCCCAAAUAAAUUCAUUCUCAUGUCUUCAUCCGGUAGAAACCAUCUUCAUGACUAAUGAGUGAUGUAGCUAGUCAUGUUCUUUUGCUUGUAAUGUUAAACAUCCGUGAGCAAAUUUUGGCUAUUUGGGAAAAAUAUGAGCUUCACUUUUACGGUCCUUGGCUCAUGAAGCCACAAUCUCCCAAAACUCCAAGGAAAAACCCAUUUGAUCGGUUGCAUAACUCAAGGACUGCCAUGGCAGCACUUCUGUAGCCCUUUUGAUCUGUAGAGAUUCCUUGUUCCUCUGGAAGCGAGGGAGCAGUGGGAGCACGGGGGCCGGCAGGAGCGCGGGGUCCAGGAGCUGCGGGGUCCAGGAGCUGCGGGGUCAGGGAGCUGCGGUGCCGCCCCGGCGCCUCCCAGGCAGCGCAGGGUCCGUGCCACGGGCACAGAGGAGAAGGCACGGAUGCACAAAUGUCUCUUCUUGCCCCCACACCGCCGUCGGUCCUGGCUGUGGGAAGCAAAGAAGUGAAGAGUUAAGCCCGAGGCCAAACAGCAAAUUAAUUGCAGCAUUAGGAACAGACCCAGUGUCUUCAGACUCCCAUCCCUUGAUUGAAUCACACUUGCUUAUUGCAAUAUAUUUAUGAAGUUUAAGCUUAAAAGUCGCUAAUACUUUCCAGAACCAAUUUCUGUAUUUGCUGGUCCUUGAUUUCUUUCGUAUUCAGCUGAAACGUGCCUUUUGUGCUAUGUUCUUUUCUUUUGCAGCUAACUCAGACAGAAUUGUUUUCAGCCUAAAGGAGGCCUAGAGGAAUGUUUUCUCAAUGGCGGGGUGGGGAGGGAAGAGCUCCCAAGACCUGUCAGGCUCUACAGUGUACAAAUCUUUGUAGAACAGGUCAAAUCUGUAACCAGUGUAUUCAUUGCUCCUUUUGUUUACUGUGGAAGUGUCCAGAGCUGAUUCCUUCAGGCUGGCUUUGCCCUCUGCAGUGUCCCUGUGAGUUGCUGAGGGGGGGUCGGUCACAUUGGUUGGAUCUGAUGAUCUUAGAGGUCGUUUCCAACUUCAGUGACUCUGUAAGGAGGCUGACACUCACGUGGCGAGGCAGUGGCAUUCCUUCUGGGACAAAACUCCACUGCUCUCACUCACAAAGCUCCUGUCCCAGUCCGGCCUGCAGUGUCCAUCCUGCUGAGCUCCCAGGCAAUGCUGCCAAGGGACGGUGACACAGAGGUGAUGCUGGAGUUUGGUUCCACUGAAGAGCACAAUAUUCAAGCUUUAGUCAUUGCACAGUGGGGUUUUUUUAAUUCUUCCCACUGCUUCCCAAACGAGCAAAGGCAAAAAGCUGAAAUCCAGGUUUGGAAGUCGGGAAGUGCUUCUGUGUUUUGGUGAAUCCAUCCCAGGAAGGAGCCCGCUGGAUGAGGGUGGCCGUGACACAGCCCCGAGGUCACAUUUCAACCAGGACAGUUCCCUGCACCUACUCAGCAGAAUUCGUGUGUGACUGGUGUGGAUUUUGUAACCAGAUUUUGGAAAUCACUACAAUUUUUGCAUGCUGAAUAGCUAUUUAUAUACAUAUAUAUUUUAUAUAUAUAUAUAUAUAUAAAAUUAUAUAUAUCACAAAUGCAGGCCACGUGUCCAAUUCAGCUUUGCUUUUGACAAAUGAAAUACUUAAUAAAAAUGAAUGUUGCAAAGGGGUUUUUUUUUUUGGAAAGACAUCUAUUUAAGAUUUUUUUUUUAUUACACACCUUUGAUGUAAAAACUAAGAAUUGGUUAGAUAAAAAAAACAUAUACUACAGAUAAAUCUUUAUUAGAAACCACAGUAGAUACAGGCAGUAUGAAAUUUUUAAAUGUUUGUUACAUAGCAUGGACAUUUUAUUUUACAUAUCAAAACAUAAAGUCAUUUUACUACUA